AUGAGGUCCAUAGUGAAGGUGUGGGCUCAAGUAAUGAAAGGUGUUAGGUGGGAUGUGUGCGAUGGUAAAAAGGUGAACUUUUGGAGAGACUGUUGGCUACCUAAUGGUAGGCCACUGUUGGAAUCGGCAGUGGACCGGAUCCCGGUGAAUCAGUUGGACUGGAAAGCCCGGGAUUAUGUAACCCAGGAGGGUCAGUGGAAUUGGGCUGCAUUCGGUCACUUGGUGGAGGAUGCGAUCAGAUUCGGGAAUGAAUUUGGGACCCUUAUGGAAGGAGAUAUGGGCAUGGGAAGGGCAACAGAGGGUGAGGAACUUUAUGUGGCUCAUGGCCAAAGAAAAAUUGUUGACUAA